AUGACUCGACUAUUGGAAAAUUUAUUGAAUGAAUUAUCAUUGUAUUCAGAUGAAAAUAAAGAAAUACGCCCACUUGGCAAAGAGCGAAUUCAGCACUUUUUGCAGAUCAGUAGAAGGAGUCCUAGUAGAUUUGAUAACCCAAAAUUUGACUUUUUCAAACUCUACGCGAAAUGGCUAAAUCCCUGCGAACAAAUCUUUUUGAACGUAUCACUUUUCAAUGCCGAAUACAGCUAG